AUGUUUAUCACGGAUCGACUGUUUGUGAAUGCGAUGGACACACAGCUACCCAACGCCCCCACCAAACCCUUAGUGGCGCCCUCACCACCCGUCCCGCCACCUCCGCCGGGGUGCGCGGGUGCCGUCCUAUUGCCCCACUGGCGCAAUGAGCCCCUGCCCUCCCAUUUGGCCCCAUCUAAAGAGCAGAUAGAGAAGGAACAGUACGCACACCUGCCCGACAAACUGCUCAAUACACUCAACAAGGAUAAAAAGCCCUUCACAUACACCCCCAGUGGAGUGUCCGGUGUCCAAAAAGGACAGUUAGACUUAACAAACAUACGUUCGCCAAAAAUGAAGAAACGUUUGCUCAGAAAUUUGGCCGCCGAUGAAGAGGACGAAGACCAGGGCUCAGACGCCGAACGCGUCACGCGAUCGGAAACACCCGAAGUGUUGUCCAAACAGAAGCCGCCCAACAAUAUCAGGCGCGCCGUCACUCCGGAAGUGCCGCAGAAACAGCACUUGUAUUCCUCUCCCAAUCCGCCCCUCAAUGGCACCAAUUUUCCCGACAUUCAAAAGCAAAUCAAUAGAGACUUUGAGUCGUUUAUACAGAAACAGAUGAAAGAGAUGGAGACUUCGUUGAAGAAUCGCCAGAAUAAUGGCUCAAUCGAUGUGAACGGUUUGGAGCCCGAAGUGCAGGAGCUUUUGGACAGUUAUGCGAACCGGCAAACAGUAGUGUCACCGAAGGCAACGCCCAGAGAAGACGAUUUGAUUAUCACCAAUGGAGUGGAUAAUAAUUAUGUCAAACCUGAGAGUACAAAACCGGUGGCCAUACCCCAGGCCAGAGCACCGGCGCCGCCCCCACCGCCACCGCCGCCCCACAGAAUGGAUAACAAAAAGGAAAUUGAAAAGUUUGAACAAAUAUCGAUGGAAACGGAAAAGUCAUUUGAGAGCCCAAAUCACACACAAUAUCCGUCGCAAAGCAAUCGGUUUUACGAGACGAAAGAGGCGACAAGUUUUGAGACGUUUGGCAAAAGUGUGCCAAAUCGUGGGCCCGGCGUCUGGAGGCCUUCCAACCAAUUUGUUGACGACAUGUACGGCACACAAAGUCAAUCCACAUCUCCGUACGGAUCGCUCACUCGGGGCUACAAUCGGAAUGACUUGCGAUCGCCUCAACCCUAUCAGAGCCCCCAAUCGGUGGACAACACGAGAGGCAGGAAUUGGUCGCAGAGUUCGUCCGCUCAGCCGCGGGUCGGCCAGAGGUCGGCGUCCGUCGAACCCACGUAUAGCCGAAGUGUUGACAUUCCAUCAAAUCUCUUCAGAUCUGGUCUAUCAGAAGUUCCCAACUAUAACUCCAGACCCAAACCCUUCUACCUGUCAUCCGAACCCCCGACACCAACCGCCACACCUCCGCCACAGUUUAUGUCCGCAUCACAGCCGCAGCCAAUGCAAGGGCCGUCCCCUCCGACUCGAGACAACCAAUUCUCUACAUUUGGCAAAAAUGUUUGGCCACAAAAAAUCAGUUAUCAAAAUGAUUUCAGAGCAAGUGAUACGGAGUGUUCGCCGCGGACUAAAUAUUUAGAUGGUAUGUACGCCCAGAUCACAGCACCUGAGGAUUGGGAUCGGAGUAACAGCAGUACACCCAUAGCCCGACCGCCAGUCGACCGUAACAUCAAAUUCGCGGACCGUAUCGUCACGUCUCCGGACAGGACUGGCUUUAAAUCGCCGGAACCGCCCAAACCUAUCCUCAAGAAAAAGUUGCCCCCAUCUGAGCGCCCGCCGGACCCGACGCCCUCCAAAUACAUGGGCGCUAACAUCCCGUCCCGUUCUUUCCGCUUCUUGCAGCUCAUGACCGGCGAAGACAUCGACAACCAGUUUAUCACCGAUAAUAACACCCCAAACGGAUUGGAGAACAGAAGUCAGAAACCAAAGACCGGUUACGAGAGUUGCAAACAAUUCAAUAAAGCCGUCACUUAUUCCGAUUAUGACAACGACUUCGGGACUGACUUUUGA